AUGGCAAAACAAGUUGCACAGACUUCCAACUUUUACCCCGCAAAAGGGGGUAUUUCGGCUUAUUACAGUCCUCAUAAGAUUUUGUUGCGACGCCAAGUUGAUUAUUCGAAGGAAUUUGUUGCUGAACUUGGGUUGUAUGUCCAUGGUUAUGGACAUGAUACUCGCAGUGAUCAUCGGUCACGCACUAUUGAAGUGAUUUACUUGAGACCAGCUGAUAAUAUGCAAAAGGGUCACAAGCUAUAUGAUUUGAACACAAGAAAAGAGGUGACUAGACCUCAAAUUACGGUGCUCCCAAUCACUGAUCAAGUGAUCAAAUUGGUUGAAGCCCAUGCUACUGAGGAAGGCGUUACAGAUUUACAAACCUAUUCCAGGCGCAAUGGAGAAAUAAUUUUGGAUGCUGAUCUGCUCGCAGGAGUGGACCCAGAUGAACUGUGGGACGAAGUCUAUGUACCUGCAGACAUUGAAAUUCCACCGGUCAAUGACGUGAAUUUACGCAAGAAUGAUUCAAUCACAGAUGAAGAACUCAAAGAAUUAAUCGAGGAUGCAGCUGAAGAUAUAUUGGAAUCUAGAAGAAUUGAUGAAGACAAUGAAGAUGAUAUGGAUUUUGUGCAGGAUCAGCAACCUGAAAGCGACAUUGAAAUGGAUGUCAAUGAUGAAGAAUUAAAAGAUAUGAUUGAUGAAGUAGCCCAUGAGUUGGAUAGAUUGAGCCAACCUAUUGAAGAAGAAAUAAUGUUUAGCGUUGAAGAUGAAGACAAUGACUAUGAGGGUGAAUAUGAUGCGGAAGAAAUACAAGAACUGCAAGAAGCAGAAGACGAACCGCAAGUAUAUCCUGAUGAAGAAGAUGAUGUUUGUGCAGGAGUGAGUUUUGAAGAAGUCCCCAUGUUGAGUACAUCAAAUGAUUCAAAUAAAGACAAAAAAAGGAGAACAGGAAGUGGACGAUCAUUUUAUUCAAAUGGAGUCAAGUAUCGACCUACUGAUAGGAAUCGAACUGAUAGACCAAGAUAUGGACAAACGUACUUACAACGAAAGAAGCCCAAGAUCAAUUUGUUAAAGAACAGGAGCGCCAUGAGAAAGAAGGCACGGUUGAAGAGAUUGCGUAUCUCAUUAUACCAGGCUAUUGCGUCAAAGGUAAAAUCACGAAGGAAAGAAGAGUUCCGGGAUGACGACGUGUUGAGCGCUGAAGCAAGAAGAAAGAUUACUGAACGGGCGCAUAACUUAAUAUUCCAGCAGAGUGGAACUGAGAAGAAAGCGACUUACAAUGUGGAUGAGUCGUUGGUGAUUUCACGCGUCAUGCAACAGAUUUGUGACAAAGUGUACACAAGGGAUGGAGUGUCGUUUAUUCAGCAGUAUUAUCUUAACAAAGGAUUGAAGAUUUUCAAAGAACGAGGAAAAGAAGCUGCGCUCAAGGAACUUGAUCAACUGAUCAAACAAAGUUGCUGA